AUGACGGAGUUGAAGAAGCACGGGGAAUCGUCGUCCACGGAGAAAUCUUCCAUGGAUUCCGAUUCCGUUCAAGUUGCCAGCAGCGUGGUACGGACGUGGAAAUCGAUGAGCUUCGGUCAGAAGUUCUUUUUCAUGGCCAGCAACGUAACCGUCGAGCCGAUGGUUGCCUUCUACAUCAUGCCGAGUGUAUUGGCGUCGCUUGCCACGCAGAAUUUGAACCUGGAGAAGGCGUGCAGGGUGAAUCUCGGUUACCCCGACGACGUUUGCACGGCACUCGCCGCAAGAAAUACCAGCGGUUACGAGGCCGAGGAAACAGCGGUCCAGCAGUUGGUAGCCGGAAUGCAAUCGUGGAAAACUGCACUUCAAAGUGGGCUACCGGCAGUCCUGAUACUUUUCAUCGGUGCCUGGAGUGACAGAACCGGACUGAGAAAGCCGUGUAUGCUAUUUCCGAUUGUUGGUGAAUUUUUCACCAGCAUUAGCUUGAUAAUUUGCACUUAUUGGUUCUACGAACUUCCCAUGGAAGCUGCUGGUGCCUUGGAGGCCCUGUGGCCAGCAUUGACCGGCGGAUGGUUUACCAUGUUUAUGGGGAUGUUCAGUUACGUAGCGGAUAUCACGACCGUGGAAUCGCGGACGUUGAGGAUCGGGGCAGUGAAUGUAUUCGUGUCUAUUGGAAUACCGAUCGGAAUGGCACUGUCCGGUGUGCUUUACGUUAAGAUAGGUUUUUACGGAGUAUUCGGAAUAUCGACGGCGUGCUACGUUUUGAGCUUCAUCUACGGUUUGGUGUGCAUAAAAGAAGUACCGAGACCACCGGCAAUUGACAAGCCGGCUAAGCACACCGGCGGCCCUACCGCUUGUCAUUCGGCGCUGGACUUCUUCUCGUUCAGACACAUAUCGGAAACAUUCAGAGUCGCCUUUAAAAAGGGGGCCAACAAUCGACAGAAAAGGGUCGUUGUGCUCAUGAUCAUCGUUAUGGUCGUCAUCGGUCCUAUGCACGGUGAAAUGGCGGUGAUGUACUUGUUUACAAGGUACCGGUUCAAUUGGAACGAGGUCAAGUUCAGCAUGUUCUCCACGUACAGCGUAAUGGUCAAUCUAGCCGGAACCAUGGUGUCCGUCGGGGUGUUCAGUCACCUGUUGAAGAUCGACGAUGCCCUGGUGGGCGUUAUGAGUUGCAUAAGCAAAAUCUUGGCAUGUCUUGUUUAUGCAUUCGCCAGCACGGAUUGGGCCAUAUAUCUAGCGCCAUUGGCGGAUAUCGUGAAUGGGACUUCGCUUAUCGCGAUGCGAUCCAUCGCUUCGAAACUGGUACCUACAGACGAGUUGGGCAAAGUGAACUCGUUGUUUGGUGUUUGCGAAGCGCUGAUGCCUCUGGUCUACGGUCCGAUGUACAGUUCCGUUUAUGCAGCUACUAUGGAUACGCUACCCGGUGCCUUUUUCCUCCUGGGGGGUGCCCUCACCAUUCCAGCAGUCGUUCUCUUCCUGUGGCUGUAUACCGAGCACAGGAGGGACAGAGCUGGGGACAUUGCGGAGGCGAAGAAGAAAGAUUUUGCCGGCAAAGCGGAACUGCCGACAGAAGUUUGCCGAGGCAUCAUCAACUCUGCGUUCGAAACGGAACGUCUGUGA